UCUGCGGCUCUGAUAAGCGGGGUCCAAACAUUUUUCUCACACUCGUGACCAUUGAAGCGUUCUACUAUGAAGUGUUACCUUUCUUUGAUUAUAACAAGGCGACUCACUCAAGAUAAGUUUCCAGCUUUUCCGCUCACCCACUGCGCAAUGAUCUGCCAGCAGCUGCACCGGCAGCUUAGAUAUAAAUAUAGCAGGCAGUCGGGCCAGGGGCCAGACCGGUUGCAUCCGUCAAACGGAUUUUCAAACAGAAGAUAUCAUGGAGCGCAUCACCUCUCAGGCGUUUUCAUUACUUUUAGUGCUUAACAUAUUGGCCGUUUUUGCAAACGCAGCACUCUCGACGCCUUCAGGCCCAUCGAGUGAGAUCACCGUAAAGAAUCACUGCAUUGAACGAAAGGCUACCCUGGAAAAUGUCGAUUACCUUCAAGGACGCAUUGAUCGAGGAGAAAAACUCUGGCAACGCACGCGCAAGAAUCUCGAGACCGCAAGGGAUGGACUCCGUCAUCAUGCCGAAGUACUGCAAGAAAAGAUUUCUGCAGAAGGGGCUGACUAUAGAAUGGUGUGCCAAUCAACAAAGGAAGUCGGUGAGCCCGGAAACGCUUUAGCCGAUGUGGAGAAGGACAAGGAACAACGCUAGCCUCGGUACGCCUUACCUUUACAGAGACGUCGAAGGCGCAGCUGCAACGCGCCGGGUAUGAGCGAAGAACUAUCACCAACGUGAAGAAACCUACCGAGCUUUAAAUAAUACAGAAACUCCGAGUAGUUUACUGUUCGAAUCAUGAAUCGCGGUAGAAACACAAACGUUAGAUAAAACGGUGCUCAGAAGGCGUUCAAGCAUUAUGCUUACUUCGCCAUAAAUAGUAAUGAAGAUCUUUGCUCUUAUUUCGUUUAUAUUUUAAAUGCAACUGCUCGCUAUUAAAAAAUGGGGAUAACAGAGAAUUAAUUAAAAAAGGCAAACAAGUCUCCGCUGGCGGUGGAUUUCUUCUCGCACUAUAUCCAAAGAGUAUGGUAUGUAACUUAUUUGAUGAUCCUCUGUGUUCUUGCACAUAUUAUUUAUAUUAGUACGAUGUUCGUUAUUUCUAAUGAGGAUGGAAUAAAAGCAGGAUUAUAAUUGA